AGAAAUUUGAGUCGAAGGCUUUUUCUCCACAGAAGGAACUUGAAGAAGUGCUUUAAAUCGUGGAAUAAAGUAAGAGAUCCUGAACGCUGUCAUGGCUUUAAGGUUCUCCGGUGUGUUCCGUCAGAUGAUCUACACAUCGUCAUCAGUAUUACGUGGUCCAGUUCAAGCUCGUCUAAAAAGUUCCUGUCCAGUUCAGAUCAGCCACCUGGAUCACCUGGUUCUGACGGUUCGAGAUCUGAAGACAACCACUCAGUUCUACUCCUCUGUCCUGGGAAUGGAGGUGGUAUCAUUUAAGGGAAAUCGUAAAGCUCUGAGUUUUGGAGAUCAGAAGUUUAACCUGCACGAAGUCGGGAAAGAGUUCGAACCAAAAGCUAAAACUCCCACGCCGGGUUCUGCAGAUCUCUGCCUCAUCACCAAAACCCCACUGGAAUCAGUGGCUGCUCAUCUGAAGGAAUGUGGAGUGAAGAUCGAGGAAGGGCCGGUUGAGAGGACGGGAGCGCAGGGUCCAAUCAUGUCCCUCUAUUUUAGAGACCCUGAUAACAAUCUGAUCGAAGUGUCCAACUACUCCAACAAGUGCUGAAACUCAGAAUUCAUGACUGAUGGUUCUGAUUUUAUACUGAUUAUACAGGGAUCUGAUCAACACUAGAACCAAAAACACGUCUGUAAAUGAAAGAGCUUAAUGUAAUAUAGUUUUAUUAAAGCUGUUUUAACACAAA